GUCUAGUUUAGCUGAAGUGGUGACAGUUAUUGUUUUUACGCCCCAGGCUGCAGAAAACGCGUGGUUUGUACCGUGACAGAACCCAGAACGGAACCAAGUGGACCUGCUGCUGCACCGCGACUCAUCAUGAAUUUCUUUCUGGAAUCAAUCCAAGUCCUCUUUCUCUCUUUAUGGUACAACAUAGAAUCUUUCAUUCACCUCUUAGUUCCCAGGAAGAAAAAGAACAUAGCUGGGGAGGUUGUUCUGAUCACAGGCGCUGGCAGUGGAAUUGGUCGCCUGAUGGCUCAGGAGUUUGCGGCUCAUGGUACCGUGCUGGUUCUGUGGGACAUUAACCAGGAGGGCAUAAAAGAAACUGCAAGACUGGCCAAAAAUGGUGGAGCCAGCAGAGUCCACUGCUUCGUCUGUGAUUGCAGCAACAAGAAUGAAGUUUACAGAGUGGCUGAUCAGGUCAAGAGAGAAGUGGGUGAUGUCAGUAUCUUGGUGAACAAUGCCGGAAUUGUGACAGGGAAGAAAUUCAUGGAUGCUCCAGACUCUCUGAUUGAGAAAACCAUGGAGGUCAACACUAUGGCUCACUUCUGGACCUACAAGGCCUUUCUACCUGCCAUGAUCGCCAAUAACCAUGGCCAUCUGGUCAGCAUUGCCAGCUCUGCUGGACUCAUUGGAGUAAAUGGAUUAGCAGACUAUUGUGCCAGUAAGUUUGCAGCUGUAGGUUUUGCUGAGUCGGUAGGCUUGGAGCUUCUAGCAACAGGGAAAGAUGGGAUCAAAACCACCAUUGUGUGCCCCUACUUUAUCAACACUGGGAUGUUUGAUGGAUGUCACACCAAGUGGCCAAGACUCCUGCCAAUCCUAAAUGCAGAAAAGGUAGCCAAGAAGAUUAUUCAUGCUGUCCUCACAGACCAAGUCUACCUUCUACUGCCUAAAAGCAUGUAUUUCAUCACUGCUCUGAAGAACAUCCUGCCCAUGAAGCAGGGCAUUCUGCUGGGUCAGUACCUGGGAGCCUUCAAUCUUAUGGACACAUUCAGGGGACGCUCCAAAAAGCAAGAGUGAGAGAGCUGUCAGUUAGAAGAGGAUUUAAAUGAAGGAGAUAUUAAAACAUUGAAGACAUCUCUGUGAAGUUUUGUCAUAUUUAAUUUGGAAACAUUUAAUUGUACACAGAAAAUGAAUACCAGUUGUGUAAAGGACUGCCUUUUGAAUAAAUUAAUGUUCAUUAUUUAGCUUAAUGUUUUGAGUUACCUGAACAAAAAGUCUGUUGUUAUUAAAGUUAUAUGUCUGAUUUGUUUCUGAUUUAAGCACAAUGUUUUAUAUAAAAAUCUUGUUCUUACUGACAGUAUAUUAUGGUUAAGUUAGUUCCUUAUGCUGUAUCUUUUUUUGUGUGUGUGUGUGUGUGAACCUGCACACCCUGAUCUCUUGUCACUUUGCUGCCGUUACACCUGACAACACCUGUUGCUGCUCUGCAAGUGGAAAUGGAUGAGAUGAAUUUAUUUCUUGGAAAAGGUUGUGAUGUGUUAGAUUUACCUGCAAGGAUUUACAGGAACAAAACCCGACUAUCAAAGUUUAUAUAUAUAUAUAAUAGCCUAAGAAUCUAUACCAAUAUUGGAAUAAUUGCAAAACAGUGAAAGAGUUUUGAAAAAGACUUGGAUGUUUUGGGGGGUUUUUUUUAGGGGGGCUGUCAAAAUUAACUUGUUAAUCCUGCAUUAAUUCACAUUCUUUAAUCUUUUUUUAGCAAUUAAUUGAACAGAUUUCCAAACUUUUUGGAUGUCAUCAGUUUGUGAUUUCUAUCUCUGUUUCAGCUGUUUCUACAGGGGCUAAUCUGUUUCUUACAAAGUUUAUCUCACUCCUGUCCGUCUUCUCUCUUCCCACUCUGUGCUUCUCUGGUGCUGCAGCACAGCAGGCACUCAGACCCCAGGGAGAACCUCAAAAUCAUUUUACUGUUAACACAGCAUAGAGAAAUAUCAUUUUUCAUAUGACGUCAUGACUGAAGCAACACUCAACUGUUAUAAACAAAAACAUGAGCAGUGAUACACACAAAAGCAUCAAAAAAAUUUAAAUGUCACCAUAUUUAGCCUCGUACUGUUGAGUCCUAUUUUCAUCAAUUGACAGCCCAAAUAAAAACAUUUUUAACUCA